AUGUAUGAUAAAGUAACGGUGGCUCCUUUAGUUCUAUUAUCGGUCCUUGAUCAUUAUCAACGUACAAAUACUCCAGAAAAUAAAAGAUGUGUGGGGAUCAUACUUGGUGAUUCUACUGAUGAAACCAUCAAAGUUACUAAUUCAUUUGCAUUACCCUUCGAAGAAGAUGAAAAGAAUUCGGAUGUUUGGUUUUUAGAUCAUAAUUAUAUUGAGAAUAUGAAUGAAAUGUUUAAGAAAAUUAAUGCCAAAGAAAAAUUAAUUGGUUGGUAUCACAGUGGUCCUAAAUUAAAAUCUUCUGAUUUGAAAAUUAACGAACUAUUUAAGAAAUAUACUUACAAUAAUAAUCCAUUAUUAUUGAUUGUUGAUGUGAAACAAAAAAGUUUAGGUUUACCAACAAAUGCUUAUAUGUCAAUUGAACAGGUAAAAGAUGAUGGUACAUCCACUGAAAGAACUUUUAUUCAUUUGCCAUGUUCUAUCAAAGCUGAAGAAGCAGAAGAAAUUGGUGUUGAACAUUUAUUAAGAGAUGUACGUGAUCAAGCAGCUGGUGGGCUUUCUAUUAGAUUGACAAACCAAUUGAAAUCGUUAAAAAGUUUACAACAAAAAUUAAGUGAUAUAGUUGCUUAUUUAAAUAAAGUUAUCGAGGGAAAAUUACCUAUUAACCACACUAUUUUAGGGAAAUUACAAGAUGUAUUUAAUCUAUUGCCAAAUCUAGGAUCACCUGAUGAUGAUGAAUUAAAAAAUUCUAGCAAUUCUACAAAUGAAAAUGUGGAGAAUAUAACAAAUAAUUUACAAAAAGCUUUAACUAUUAAAACGAAUGAUGAACUGAUGGUCAUAUAUAUCAGUAAUUUAGUUAGAGCUAUUAUUGCAUUUGAUAAUUUAAUUGAAAAUAAAAUACAGAAUAAGAAAUUACAUGAAAAAAAUCUCAAGGAAAUGGAAACUAAAGAUCAAGAAGAUAUAGAUACUGAAAAUAUAAUGAUGCUAAGAAAGGAGAUGCAUCAAAAGAUUCUGAUAAAAAAGAGAUUCCAAGAAAGAUGGCCCAAAGAAAUAAGAAAAUUUGAUUGA